AUGUCGUCGACGAAGCCGCCGGCCGACGCGACGGGAGGGAAGGCGGCGGCGCAGGGGGAGGGGGAGGGGGGGCGGUACCCGGUGGAGGAGGUGGCGCUGGUGGUGCCGGAGACGGACGACCCGGCGACGCCGGUGAUGACAUUCCGGGCCUGGACGCUGGGGCUGGCCUCCUGCGUGGUGCUCAUCUUCCUCAACACCUUCUUCACGUACCGCACGCAGCCGCUCACCAUCUCGGGCAUCCUGGCCCAGAUCCUCGUGCUCCCCGUCGGCCGCUUCAUGGCGUCCGUGCUGCCCGACCGCAAGGUCCGGCUCCUCGGCGGCCGCCUCGGGAGCUUCAACCUCAACCCGGGGCCCUUCAACAUCAAGGAGCACGUCAUCAUCACCAUCUUCGCCAACUGCGGCGUCUCCUACGGCGGCGGCGACGCCUACUCCAUCGGCGCCAUCACCGUCAUGAAGGCCUACUACAAGCAGUCGCUCAGCUUCCUCUGCGCCCUCCUCAUCGUCCUCUCCACGCAGAUUCUGGGCUAUGGCUGGGCUGGCAUGCUGAGGAGGUUCCUGGUUGACCCUGCCGAGAUGUGGUGGCCUUCUAAUCUCGCCCAGGUCUCCCUCUUCAGCCCGCUGGUGGCGCCGUGGGCGUCCAUCGCCAACACGGCCGUCGGCUUCGUCAUGUUCAUCUACGUCAUCGUGCCGCUCUGCUACUGGCGCUUCAACACCUUCGACGCCCGCCGCUUCCCCAUCUUCUCCAACCAGCUCUUCACCUCCACGGGCCAGAAGUACGACACGACCAAGGUGCUCACCGCCGACUUCGACCUCAACGUGGCCGCCUACGACAGCUACGGCAAGCUCUACCUCAGCCCGCUCUUCGCCAUCUCCAUCGGCUCCGGGUUCCUCCGCUUCUCCGCCACCAUCGUGCACGUGCUGCUCUUCCACGGCGCCGACAUGUGGCGGCAGAGCCGGAGGGCCAUAGGCGCCGCGGCCAAGCUCGACGUGCACGCCAGGCUCAUGCAGAGGUACAAGCAGGUGCCGCAGUGGUGGUUCCUGGUGCUGCUGGCGGGGAGCAUCGCCGUGUCGCUGCUCAUGUGCUUCGUGUGGAAGGAGCAGGUGCAGCUGCCAUGGUGGGGGAUGCUCUUCGCCUUCGCGCUCGCGUUCGUGGUCACCCUCCCCAUCGGCGUCAUCCAGGCCACCACCAACCAGUUCAUGAUCGGCUACGCGCUACCCGGCAAGCCCAUCGCCAACCUGCUCUUCAAGAUCUACGGCCGGAUCAGCACCGUGCACGCGCUCUCCUUCCUCGCCGACCUCAAGCUCGGCCACUACAUGAAGAUCCCGCCACGCUGCAUGUACACCGCCCAGCUGGUGGGCACGGUGGUCGCCGGCGUGGUGAACCUGGCGGUGGCGUGGUGGAUGCUGGACAGCAUCGACAACAUCUGCGACGUGGAGGCGCUGCACCCGGACAGCCCCUGGACGUGCCCCAAGUACCGCAAGGGGUGGUGGCAGAAGUACAACUACGUGCUAUCGGCGGCGCUCGACGCCGGCACCGCCUUCAUGGGGGUGCUCAUCUUCUUCGCGCUCCAGAACGCGCACCACGACCUCAAGUGGUGGGGCACCGAGGUCGACCACUGCCCGCUCGCCACCUGCCCCACCGCGCCCGGCAUCGUCGUCAAGGGCUGCCCGGUCUUCUGA